AUUUUGCUGAUUAGCAAUGCUGAUCUCAGUAUAUAAUUUUCUUUUGCACUGCUGAUCUGCUGAUGGAACGUCUGAACAAUAUGCACUGCUGCUGUUGUGACUUCAUCACUAUCAGCAAUUUGCAUCCAACAAACUCAGGGCACCAGGUCCUCCUCCUCCUCAUCUUCUUAUACUCAAAUCAUCAAUGGCGAGCCAUCUCUUCACCUACGGCGCGUCCCAAUCAGCUCCAGCUCCCACUCCUGCUCUCUCCACCGUCUACACCCCCCGCUCCCUAGCGCAAUCCUACCUCUCCGACCCGACCCACCGCUACCUUUCCGGGUCGGACCCUCUCUCCAAUUCCUCCAUGUACCUCGCCGGCACCGACGGCCUCGGCGCUUACUCCGACGCCGCCAGAGCGACGUCGUAUAUGAUGUCCUCCUGGCCCGCCCCCGAUGCCGAACUCGGCCCGCCCGGCUUCAAACGCACCUCUGAAGCACUCUACCAUCAGGCUCUUUUGGGUGCCCAUAAUCCGAUUGGGCAAAUGGAAGCUUGGUAUUCAACAAAUUCUUUAGCAAAGCGACCUAGAUUCGAGAAUACAAGCUUGCCUAUUUAUCCACAGAGGCCAGGAGAGAAAGAUUGUGUCCACUAUAUGCAAACAAGAACCUGUAAAUUUGGAGAGUGCUGCAAGUUUGACCAUCCUAUUUGGGUUCCUGAUGGUGGAAUCCAAGAUUGGAAAGAGGUUCCACUUGUUGCUCCAAGUGAGUCCCUUCCCGAGAGACCUGGAGCGCCAGAUUGUCCAUACUUUUUAAAAACUCAAAGAUGCAAGUUUGUUCUUAGAUGCAAGUUUAAUCAUCCAAAGGACAAACUGGCCACUGCGGGCGCUUCAGAAAAUGGUGAUGUUUAUGCCUUACCCGAGAGGCCUUCUGAACCUGCAUGUGCAGUGAGAUAUCUAUCUCCUACGUUUUACUAUAUGAAGACUGGGGAAUGUAAGUAUGGUGCACAAUGCAGAUUCCAUCAUCCGAUUGAUAGGCCAGCAGUGGCGUUGUCAACAACAAAGCCAUCUCAACAAGAAAAUGUGAAGCUAACGCUUGCUGGACUUCCUAGGAGAGAGGGUGCCGUUAUCUGUGUGUAUUACCUUAAAACCGGCACAUGCAAGUAUGGUGCAACCUGCAGAUUUGACCACCCACCUCCUGGGGAAGUUGUAGCAAUGGCUGCUUCACAAGCAAAAUCUGAUUCUACUGGAGGAAAAGCAUAAGCAGCUGAAUCCACACAGGAACAGCAGCAGUAGGUCCCUCGCUAGAAUGAAGAAGUGAUGAGGCCUCGAAGGAGGUCUGUGGCAAAAGUAUUGCCAUCUGCCAUGGUCUAUUUUGUACUAUGUUUCUGAGCAAUCAUGGUUUAUAAACUACCCAAUCAGCCAUUCUUUAUGCUCUGCGUAUAAGGAGCAAGUGUUGACCGAUUGGAUAACAUGAGGUAUUUCGUUCUCCUGUAUUGAGUGAGUCUCUGCAUGUACUUUGUAUAUUUAGAGUAUCAGAGUGAUGAGUUUCAGUGCUAUGGUUUUAUGAAA